AUUAAAACAUCGCGGCUAGUUGCUUGUUUAGCCUCGAUCGGGAUUUACCGGGUAUUCUUUUUGCGACACAUCGGCCAACUACGGAUGAUGCUGUUCUACUUGGGAAUUAUCUUCCUUGCGAUUUCGGGAUCCAAUGGACAAGGGUUUUUUCCCUCAGAAGAACCAUGCCAGACCGUCUCGGGUACCACAGGCGACUGCGUCAACAUCAACCAUUGCGAUCAGCUUCGGCAGCUGUUAAAUCAACGCCGACCAUUGCCAAGCUCAACCUUCAGUAUUCUACAAAAAUCCCAGUGUGGAUUCGAGGGAUUUAUGCCGAAGGUUUGCUGCCCACGGAACACGCAGCCUGCACCGACGACGACGAACGUCACAGACGUACCAAAUGUUAGUAACGAAAUUCCAUCGCCACCGGACGUCACGAAUCAUCCGAAUCUGCGAUUGCUCGACAACGUACGUUGCGGACCGAUUAUCGAGCCGAAAAUCGUCGGGGGCAAUAAAACUACGGUCUUUGAAUUUCCGUGGAUGGCAUUGAUCGCAUACGACGUCGGGAAAAGAUAUCCCGAGUUCAGGUGUGGAGGUUCCGUGAUUUCCAAACGAUACAUCUUGACUGCCGCCCAUUGCGUUACCCAUCUGAAACACCGGCUCCGGUUGGUGGGCGUUCGAAUAGGUGAACACGACCUCAGCACAGAGCGUGAUUGUGACGUGGAGGAAGGGGUCGAAAUCGCCUGCGCCGACAAGUAUCAGGACUUUUUGGUCGAAAGGUCUCACCCCCAUCCUGGAUACGUUGGGCAACGAGCUCACGAUAUAGCGCUCAUCAGAAUUAACGGGGAUGCUAAUUUCCAACCGGCCAGCGUCCGGCCGAUUUGUUUACCGAUUGGGGAGGCCGCGAGGGUCCAGCGACCAAAGGUAAUCGUUACUGGAUGGGGUGUGACCGAGUCGGGUACCAGAAGUGAAAAUCUGCUGAAGGUGAAGGUGCCGGUGUUGUCCCAUUCCAUGUGCGCCAAUUUUUACAAGAACGAAUGGAUUGAUAUAUCGUACAGGCAACUAUGUGCCGGUGGUUCACACGGAAUGAACUCCUGCUUAGGAGACAGCGGGGGUCCCAUGCAAUUUCCGGGAUCAUAUAUCAACGGCCGACCGAGAUAUAUUCAGUACGGAGUCGUCAGUUUUGGACCAAAGCCUUGCGGAAUCGAAGGAUUCCCCUCGGUCUACACGAGCGUCCCUUACUACAUGGACUGGAUCCUUGACACAAUGACCGACUAAUGUCGAACACCUUUUGUAUGAGUAAACUGAAAGAAGCGCAUGAUUCCACGGUACGAUUUGCAAUCAGGUUGUACUAACUGAAAAUGUAUUUUUAGAUGACGGUGGUUGCGGUGGGGAGGUAUUUGUAAAAAAUUCAUGCGAAUCGUGUAUAAGGCUUGGCCCUGCGUGGUAAUAAUGUGCAGUUAAAUACGUUCCCUCUCUAUGCCGCGAC